CCCUCCGCCCCCGCUUUUAACAACUGUUUGAUGGAAAUGUCAAAACACGGUCCGUGAAAAGUGCAAUGAGGAGUAAAUAAAUGUUUUUGCCAAAUACGAUAAACAAUAAAGAGAUUAAUCAUAGUCAAAAGUGAGCGUGCAAUGGGUGAUAAGGAGGAGCCAACUACGCCAGCACCUUCGCCAACGGAAGAAGGUUUAAUGUUGGGAUUCGGCUCAGCAACUUCUGGUAGCAAUGCGUCGUCCACCUCCAACUUAAGCAAUGUUAGGGUUUUGAUCAUUGGAGCUGGCAUGGCUGGUCUUUCGGCUGCCAAUCAUUUGCUACAAAAUGGAUGCGAUGAUUUUCUGAUUGUGGAGGCUCGAGGGCGCGUGGGCGGGCGUAUUGUGUCCAUACCGCUUGAGAACAAUCAAAAGGUUGAACUGGGCGCCAAUUGGAUACAUGGUGUCCUAGGUAAUCCCAUUUUCGAAAUUGCGGUUCAACAUGGUCUAGUCAGCGUUGUGAACGUACCAAAGCCCCACAAAGUGGUGGCCACCACCGAAGAAGGUCAUCAAGUUCCUUUCAGCAUACUGCAGGAAAUCUAUGAGGCUUAUGUCUGCUUUCUUCGACGUUGCGAUGAAUAUUUCCUUUGUCAAUAUAGUCCACCCCCAGAUAUACAUAGCGUCGGCGAGCAUAUUAACUAUGAAAUUGAGAUUUAUUUGAAUUCAGUUCAAGAUCCUAAGGAAAAACAAUUAAAACAAUUGAUAUUUAAUUGUUUGCUUAAACGAGAGACAUGUAUUACAGGCUGUAAUAAUAUGAACGAUGUGGAUCUCCUGGAGUUAGGAAGCUAUACGGAACUGCAAGGGGGUAAUAUUGUUUUGCCCUCCGGAUAUAGCUCUAUACUGCGACCACUAAGUGAACAGAUACCGAAGCAGUCAAUAAUAACCAAGUGCCCUGUAAAAAAAAUACACUGGAAGCGAAAAAAGACAUUUACUGGACUGGAAACAGUCGAUGAAAAUUCUGAGAACGAGGAUUCCGAUGACUCGGAGAAGACUGUGACGGAGGUGCCAACGGGAAGCAAUGCAAUGCGUGAGGCAUCUGUGGAAUCAAAUGGCAGCAGUUGUGAUUAUCCUGCGGGUAAUGUACGCGUAGAUUGUGAGGACGGGCGAGUUUUUCAUGCUGCCCAUGUGAUAUGCACAAUACCCCUGGGUGUACUCAAGCAUGCACACAAGACCCUCUUUGAUCCGGAAUUGCCCCAUUACAAACAGGAAUCUAUUGAAAAUCUCAUGUUCGGUACCGUGGACAAAAUAUUUUUAGAGUACGAGCGUCCUGUGAAUUUCAUUGCAGACAUAUCGGAAGUAAUGUUGCUGUGGGAUGACGACAAACAGCAAUCGCAUGCCAGCGAAGACGAGCUGGCCAGCGAAGCCUAUCUCAGUAAGAAUUGGUUCAAGAAGAUAUACUCCUUUGCUAAGAUGACAGAUACGCUGCUGUUGGGCUGGGUGUCUGGCCGCGAGGCAGAGUAUAUGGAAACACUUUCUCACGAUGCGGUAGCGGAGAAGUGCACGGAAAUUUUAAGAACUUUCCUGCGAGAUCCACAUGUGCCCAAGCCAAAGCGUUGUGUAUGCACGAGUUGGAAAAGCCAGGCCUAUACUGGCGGAGCUUACACCUCGAUUCCUGUUGGAGCAACCCAAGAAGAUAUUGAGAAUUUGGCUCAGCCUUUGUAUGCCACUCCACAUGCUAUGAAGCCCGCCAUUGUGUUUGCCGGUGAGCAUACGCAUUCCAGUUUUUACUCCACCGUACACGGCGCCUAUUUAAGUGGGCGAACGGCGGCCCAGUAUUUGUUGGCCAAUGAUGAGCCCGAUGAGAUUAUUAUGGAAUCGGAUGGCAGCGACUUAAGCGCCUGGAUACAGGGCAUUGCCUUGGACUGAACAUCAAACAGAUUCUGUAUUAUAAUUUAUUUUUGAUUUAUUUUGCUUAAUUUAAGGUCAUUUUGUAUUGCUUUUUUAGCUAGUGAUAUUUCAUUUCUGUAAUAAGCUGUAAAGUUUUUUUUAAUGUAUUAUUUGGAGCAUUUGUUUACAAUAUUUUGUUGUUAUCCACAAUUUGUAUAGUACUAAAAUUAUAUUUUUUUUCUCGUCAUAAUAAAGCUGAGCUGACAAACUGUA